GCAUACACAAAGCACAACUCCUCUCCCACAUAUACAUACACACAUACAUACACACAUACAAUCCUUCCCUCUCCUAUGGCUCACAGGGUGAUCGAUGUGUGCCGGGCGCAGGGCGAGGAGGAGAGCAAGCCGACCGUCGACGACGCGACCAGGACGACAGGCAUGCUCAUCGCGGCUGCGCUGACAAGCCUCCGCAGUUUGGAUGCGGCGCUGAAUGAGGUAGAGCGACCGAGCUUUGUCGCGGCAGAGGCGGCCAAUGCUGCUGGUGCUCAGCUGGCGCAGUAUGCGAACGACGCCGACGAUGCCGAGGCCCAAGCCAUGGCCGGUGCUGCCGAGGCCAUUGCCGCUGGUGGCGUGCCGGUCGUCAUGGCGCUCGCCGCCGCCCUCGCCCGGGUCGCCGCCUCCACUCCGGUCCGCACCGGGGGCCGCAGGCGGUUGGCCGGCUCGCGAUCGGGCGCAUCCCCGAUGCUGGCCCAGGAGAACAGGAUGCUGCUGGCCCAGGUGGAGACGCUCAACAACGAGUACAAGCUCAUGGCAGCCCACGCCGACGAGGUCGAGCGCCAUCGCGACUCACUCGAGGCCGAGUUGCGCUCGGCGCGGGAGCGGGCAGACGCGGCAGAGGCCGCGGCGGCGGUGGCAGCUGCAGACGCGCAGGCUGCCAAGGCCGAGGCCCACGCCCACGCCACGGAAGCGGGAGCGGGAGCAGGAGGGCAUCCGGCGGACGAUCCCGACUCGCUGGUGCAUGUGGUCGAUCCCCAGCUGAACGAAGCGUCGAACAUUGCGCGCAUUCUCGACUGCCACAAGGCGAUGCUCGCGGCACGGCAUGCCACGAUCGACGGGCUCGCCGAGCAGAACCGGGCGCUCCAUGAGGAGGUCGACGCGCUUCGGGAGGCGCUGGCGGCGGCGGCGGCCGGUGUUUUUCCAGGAGAGACAAGCGGGCCGGGCGACGACGACAGCGCGAGUCUUGUCGUGUGGCUCUCAGAUGCGGCGGCAAGCGUGGCGUCUGCGGCGAGUUCGGCUGGCUCUGCGCUGGGGCGGAUGCUCGACGAUGUGGCGAACCGGCGGCUGCUGUCGUCAAACGCGCUAGCGGAGCGCGAGCUGCAGCAGAUGCGGACGGUGCAUCUCAACUACGGGCGGCACGUGUCGUCGAUGCUGCCGCGACAGCUCGAGCUGGAGCCGGUGGCCGAAGGUUCGAAUGAGGUGACGGCAGUGUGCUCGGUGCCAGCCAAAGCGAUGUGUGUCGCGUACUGGGUCGGCGACGCAAGCGAGCAGCGGCGGAGGUCGGCGUUUGCGUCGACGGUUGUGGAGGCCAUAGCCGUGGUGUGUCGAUACCAGGAGGCGCGGAGCAAGCGGGCGUUUGGGACGGCGUACCCGAACGAUCCGACGAACCUGGUGUGCUUUGAGCUCAACUCGUGGCUCUCGUCGCUGCUCUCGGUCGAAGUGUACACGACCGAGAUUGCCGAGGCACUCGUGGCACGGCGCAAGUACCUGCUUGCGCUAAUCGACGCCGGCAUCUUUCCGUCGCCGCGGCGGUCGUCGUCGAUGGCCGACACGCUGCGGAUCGUGGCGCUACAGUUGGCGGCGCUGAGCGCGGUUCUCGAUGCGGAGCCUGGCCUGCUUGCGCGUAUUUAGUGGCACCGGUCAGUUCGAUGACGAGGCGUCGACAACAAAGAGUGAUCUGGGCUCGUCCGGCGCGGUGCGGCGCGGGAGCGCAUGCGGGCGCUUGGCCGGUGGUGCGGCGAGACCGAUCAUGGUCGGCGACGGGGUUCGCUUGCGCUUGAGUGAGAUGUUGGCGGCAGAGACGCGGGCCUCGAACGAGAACGAGCCGCCGAGCAUGUGCGCGACAGGCGUUGUUGGUGGCGUCGACGGCGGGGGCAGAACGCGCCUGGAUGAGGUCGAGUUGGUGGAGAGGAGCAUCGACGCCGAGUUCGAGUGCUCACGUGGGGUAAAGAGGCCCGAUGAGACGG